UUUGGGUUGAGUUUAGAUUGAGGUUAUGUUUGACUGCCUGAUAAAAUGAAAGUUAUAUUUUAUGAAAUUUAAUUUUCAAACAAAAACUGUAAUAUCUUUAAAUGAAAAAAACUUUCUUACUUGGAUUGAAACUUGUGUUAUUUGACUUUGUUCAUUUGGUUGAACAAUAUUCUGUACGCCCUAAUUAGGCAUACUUAUUUUUUGUUUACUGAUGAAUUAUAAAUAUUUGAAUAGUUAGGCCUUUUAGAUAAACUUGAAGCUUUUAUAGUUCUGUGAUCCAUUAAUUUACUAUUCAUUUCUUGAAUAAGUAGUUCAUAGAUAAGAAGAGCUGCUGUAAAUUAAAAUAAGUUUCUGUAUGAGCAUUACCUAACUUAUGUUACAAGACGUCACAUUUCCAUGACAUUUAUUAACAUUGUGUAUUAGGUCAACUGCAAAUAAUCAUGAAUGCCCGUAAUACAUUUUUAUAUUUUGCUUAUGGAAGCAAUCUUUUGCAGCAACGUAUUCAUAUAGCAAAUCCAACUGCAAUUUUUAAAACCAUUGCAAAACUUCAAGAUUUUAGAUUAGACUUCAACUACUAUUCCGAAAGAUGGAAAGGCAGUGCUGCCACUAUUGUAGCAGACAGCAAAAGUCACGUUUGGGGAAUAGUGUAUGAAAUUGAUAACAAAGACCAACCCAACUUGGACAGGUACUUGGCAACAGGUGAAUCGUACCGAUCAUUGGCAUUUGCUUACCGGAUUCACUAUUCUUGGAUCAGUAAAGCAAUCACAAAAUGUUUAGAGAGCAUUGUAAAAAAAUUUCUACAUGUUGUCAUGCCAGAGCCAACAGAAGAACAGUUCAAAAAAAUUUCAGCUGAUUUUGAAAGACUCUGGAAUUAUCCGAUGUGCUGUGGAGCGAUCGAUGGAAAACAUAUACGUAUCAUCUGUCCUCCAAAAAGUGGUUCCCUUUAUUUCAAUUAUAAAGGUUUUUUUUUCGGUAGUUUUGUUAGCACUAGUAGAUACACAAGACAGAUUUGUUGCGGUAGAUGUGGGAUCCUAUGGUCGGGAAGGGGAUGCCGGGAUAUUUAAGAAAAGUUAGAUGGGGGAGAAAAUUAUUAAAAAACAAUUCAAUCUACCACAACCAGCCACGAUAGCUGGUACAGAAAUUGAAGUACCCCACGUGAUUUUGGGUGAUGAGGCUUUCUCUUUACAAGAUAACCUCAAGAAGUCAUACCCGAGAGAACAAGCACUGAAUGACAGAGAAAAGGCAAUUUACAAUUGUCGACACAGUCGGGCACGACGCACUACUGAAAAUGCAUUCGGCAUAAUGACUUCAUAUUUUAGAAUAUUUCAUUCUCCGAUUCCUCUGAACCCAGAGAAAGUAGACAAUGUAAUUUUAGCUUGUUGUAUUUUACACAACAUGAUGAGGGAUGCAAAAAUUCCUGCACCUCAACAAAGGCAUCUUGAGGACAUAAAUACACUGACACCAACAGAACACAUGGUGAGCCUUUCAAAACCAGGAAACAGCAGAUCAAAAGAUUCUGCAAUUGAAAUCCGAAACAGAGUUGAAAGCAGAGAAGAGUCGGGAGAAAAUAAUAAGCUACUUCGAGUAAUCAAUAUUGCACGCCUCAUUGCUUGCAAUUAAUAGUCCACACGACAGCUGACUUUUUACUAAGUUACAUUGAGAUAUUAAUUGCAUGCAAUUGAUAAUACACUCGACAGCUGAUUUAUGAUGAAUACUUCUAAAGUCUGAUUUUCACGGUAAUAUUGGCGUUUUAAGGAGACUCAUUUUCGUUUUGUAUUAUCCUUGAAAUGUGAAAUUUCAAAAAAACCUUAUGUGUAUACGUAGACGCGAAGUUCAAAAAGGAAUUCAACUUUGUAUAAUUUUGCAGAUUUGGUAAUUUCUAUUGUGUUUUGUAAAAUAAUAUUGUUGUGACGUUUGUGGUUGGUUGCAGACAAGAAGGUGUAGCGGAAGGUGUGUACAGGGUGAUCAAGGUAGAUGUCGAAAGUCCGCUGGGCAAAUCAUUCACUUGCCGCAGCUAUCAGCUGACAGAUCAACCGCCACCUCUGAAAAACGGAGAAUCUCUUCCUUCUUCUCGAUUUCCGUCGAAAAUCUAUUUAAACACAAUCAUUGCCGGGGCCAUCGAGAAUAAAAUACCAGCCGACUACAUUGACUACCUGAAGAAAAUUCCAUCCAAUGAAUUCAACGGCCCCAUUCACAUGAAUCUAGACUUGCAAAAGUAUUUGAGUUAAUUAGGCCAAAGAAUUACAGUAUUAUCGGUUUGCAGCUGUUUUAAUAAUGAUUUAUGGUUAUAAAAUUAAAAAAAAAUAUUGAUGAAAAUGAUGAUGUACUUAGUACUUAUUAUAUCAAUGUGAUAGUAAAUA